AUGACGAUGGAUUUAAUAGCUAACACGAUUCUACUGUUUUUCAUUUACAGGUCCGACAAAACGGCGAAGGAGGUUUAUGUCACGGGCACAUUCGAUAACUGGGGGCGAACGGUGAAGCUGGAUAGAACUGAAGAUGGCUUCCGAAAAGACGUUGAAGUGCCAGCGAUCAGCACGAAAAUGCUUUACAAGUUCGUCGUCGACGGUGCCUGGAAGAUAGAUUCUGCUGCCCUACAAGAAGACGACGGGCACAAUAAUACCAACAACGUCCUUCUCCGCCAGCACAUUAAACAACUCCCUCCUCCCGCGAAGGAUACACCCGAGCCAGAUACUGUAGGAGGAAUCGAAGCUCCAGCAGCCAUGUCUGGAGUUACACCGCAUUCCACAACCGCUGCCCUAGCAGCAGAUGUUUCCAAAGAGUCGCACAAGGCUCCUGAAACUGAUGCCGCCCCCUCUGUGCCCAUCACAUCCUCCGCUUGCCCGGAAUCGACCACCGCCAAUCUCGCAAAAGACGUUCCAUUAGAGAGAAAAGCAGAAUCAACCACGGGAACAUUCCCAGAGACACCUUCCAAAGAGCCAGAGCAGUUCUCCGUCAACCCCAUCCCAGCUUCGGAGGGUAUUGGAAACCCUGUGCACAUCAAGCCGGGCGAACACGUCCCAAACCCCAGCACCUUCAGCAAAAAUACUAUCACAUCCACCGCUACAACGGACAAAGCAGGUUAUGAAAAAGAUGCCAGCGCCCCCAGCUUCCUCCCACUUCAAGAUGAUGAAACCGUCACCACCCAUCCAGUAACAAUCAAUGGUUCCAAUCGAUCCGUGGAACCAUUCAUUCAAACGGCCAGUCCCACAUCGACAACUGCGGCUCUUGCCGGAGCAAUCCCGCUAGAAAUCACAAGGGCUCCUAACGGCUCCGUCUCCAAGGGCCCGGAAUCCCCCGCCAAGGAAGUCCCCGAAGUAGUCAAGGAGUCCAUGUCGAAAGCUCACAAGGAACCCGAAGCCGCAGGAGAUUCAGACUGCGUCGCUGAAAAGGCGGAGGUUGAGCGACAGUUGCUAGAAAGCGUGAACCCGACCGAUGCCUCCGGGGGGGUUCCACCAAUGGUCCGACGUUCCAUUGACUUGGCGCAUGCGGAUCCCGAAGCAACUGCUGUGCCUGAGGCUGUAGCGGAGAAGGAAGAGGUUGAGCGUCAGCUGCUGCGGGAGGUGAAACAUGAUGAUUCGGCUGGUGAGCAUGCGCCAGUGAUCACGGCGGAGACUUCACCUACCGCUCCUGGUACGACUCCCCUUGCGGCGAAGAAAUAUCAGGAGCAAUCCAUUUCUCCAAAAUCUAGAGAGCCAGCGCCUGCGCCUGCAGAUAAAGAUGCCACAGCACAACCGGUCGUCACUAUCGGUCCAGAAACCGUCACUGCCCCCGCUGUGUCACAAGCACAGCCCCCGGCUCAACUCCCGGCUCAUCCUCAGCCACAGCCAGAGGGGCAAGCUGAAGCUGCUGCGAAGGAUGCGGACAAGGGCAAGAAGAAGAAGAAGAACCGUGCCAGCGCGAUCUUCUCGAAGCUGAAGGAGAAGUUUAAGUGA